UGUGAGGUGAAUUUUCGCCUCCGUGUGCUCCCUGCCCGGCUGGGCCGGGCCCGCCCCAGGUUGGGUGCGCGGGAAGCGGAGAGCUCUGCCUUGGGGCUCGGCGGUCAAAGGGCGGCCGACGCCGGAGCCUCGCCCCGCCGCGGCGCUUCCUCAGAGAGCCCCGGCCCGCUCCGUCCGCGGCUGCGGCUCGUCCCGAACUCUCCGAGUCCGCGACUCUGGGCUGGAUCCAGCAGUCGGGACCAUGGAGGAAGAAAGAACAGCUGCUGAAUCACGGAAAAAUAUGGACUCAGUGGUCUUUGAGGAUGUGGCUGUGGACUUCACUCAGGAGGAGUGGGAUUUGCUGAAUCUUGCUCAGAGGAACCUCUACAGAGAUGUGAUGCUGGAAAACUUGCAGAACCUGGCCUCACUAGGAUAUCCACUGCACACACCCUGUUUGAUCUCCCAUUGGAAACAAGAGGAGGACCUGGAGAGAGUGAAGAGAGGACCUAUCCAGGGGGAGCAUCAGGAAGGUUUUGAGACCCAACUUAAAACUAAUGAAUCAGUCACUCCACAAAAUAUUUAUGGAGAAAAAACAUCCAAGGAACAGAAAACAGUAAGAUUCAAAAGGAGUGAUUCCUGGUCAUCCAUUUUGCACAAAAACUGGAAAUACCAUGGUAUUGAUUAUCUGAACAAAAAUCAUGAGAGACAUUUGAGAAGUCAUGUGGUUGAGAACAUCUAUGAAUGCAAUGAAGAAAAUCAGUGUGGACAAACCUUCAGCCAAAUUCCAAAUCUUAAUAUACUCAAGAGAACUGAAGUAAAAUCCUAUGAAUGCCAUGAGUGUAAAAAGGCCUUCACAGAUCAUUCAUCCCUUAAGAAUCACAUCAGGUCUCACACUGGAAGCAAACCCUAUCAAUGUAAGGAAUGUGGGAAAGCGUUCCAUUUUCUCGCUUGUUUUAAGAAACAUGUGAAAACUCCCACUGAAGAGAAACCCUAUGAAUGUAAAGAAUGUACCAGAGCCUUCAGUUGUUCUUCAUUCUAUCGGGCACAUAUGAAGAUUCACACCGGAAAGACAAAUUAUGAAUGUAAAGAAUGUGGGAAAACCUUUAGCUGUUCUUCGUCCCUCACAGAACACAAAAGAAUUCAUAGUGGAGAUAAGCCUUAUGAAUGUAAGGAAUGUGGGAAGGCCUUUAGUUGUUCCUCCUCACUCUCCAAACACAAAAGAAUUCAUAGUGGAGAUAAGCCAUAUGAAUGUAAGGAGUGUGGGAAGGCCUUUAGUUCUUCCUCUCAUCUUAUAAUACAUAUAAGAAUUCAUACUGGAGAGAAGCCUUAUGAAUGUAAAGAGUGUGGGAAGGCCUUCAGCGAGUCCUCAAAACUCACUGUACAUGUCCGAACACAUACAGGAGAGAAACCCUACAAAUGUAAGGAAUGUGGGAAAGCCUACAACUGUCCCUCCUCGUUAAGUAUCCAUAUGAGAAAACACACUGGAGAGAAACCCUACGAAUGUCUGGAGUGUGGAAAAGCCUUUUAUCUCCCUACUUCCCUUAAUACGCAUGUGAAAAAUCAAAGUAGAGAGAAACCCUAUGAGUGUAAGGAAUGUGGAAAAGCAUUUAGUUGUCCUUCAUCCUUUAGAGCACAUGUGAAAGAUCACACUGGAAAGAUACAAUAUGAAUGUAAGGAAUGUGGGAAGGCCUUUAGUCGUUCCUCAUCCCUCACUGAACACUUGAGAACUCACAGUGGAGAGAAGCCUUAUGAAUGUAAGGAAUGUGGGAAAGCGUUUAUUAGUUCCUCCCACCUUACAGUACAUAUAAGAACUCACACUGGAGAGAAACCUUAUGAAUGUAAGAAAUGUGGGAAAGCCUUUAUUUAUCCUUCAGCCCUUAGGAUCCAUAUGAGAACACACACUGGGGAGAAACCCUAUGAAUGUAAGGAAUGUGGGAAAGCCUUUCGCCAUUCUUCAUACCUUACUGUACAUGCAAGAAUGCACACCGGAGAGAAACCCUUUGAAUGUCUGGAAUGUGGGAAAGCCUUCAGUUGUCCCUCAUCCUUUCGAAGACAUGUCAGAAGCCACACUGGAGAGAAACCGUAUGAAUGUAAGGAAUGUGGGAAAGCCUUUGUUUGUCCUGCCUACUUUCGAAGACAUCUGAAAACUCACUCUAGAGAAAACAUGUAAGGAAUAUGGGAAUGUCUGCAAAACUUUUUCAAACCUUAGGUAACAUGUGAGAUCUCACACUGUGGAGACACCCUAUGAAUGUAAGAGAGCAGGAAAUUGUCGUUCAUCUUUUUGAAGACUUUGGAGAACUUACAACUGAGAGGAACCCUGUGUAUGUAAACCAUGUGGUGAUGCCUUCGUGAACAUCUCUUACUGUGUGUAAGAAAAUUCAUACUAGAAGCAAAGACCAGUGCCUCAUCCUUAAAGUGGACUGCUGGCUCAUUGAUUUUCAGUUUUUAUUUUCUGAUAUGAAUAUUUAAGGUGAUAAAUUUUCCUCUAAUACCUUUUCAGCUCCAGCCACAUUGUUUUAUUAUAGAGUGCCUUUAUUUUGGUUUAGAUGUAAAUGUUAUUUCCAUUACAAAGUCUUUUGGACCCAUGGGGCAUUUGAAAUAUAUUUUUUCAUAUGUAGGCAAGAGUGGUCCUUUUUAAAUUUAGCUUGUAAUUGAUUCUUAUUGUCUCCGGUGAUUAUGAUGUGACACUUUGGUAUUUGUAAUUACUUUUUCAUCUAGUAUGGCAGUUACUGAAAAUUGCCUACCCAGUAUUUUUUCCCCUUCUUUUUAGUAAGAGAACUUAAAGUUUUUGAGGUUACCAGCUUUUACUAUUGAAAGCUUUUCCUGUCUAAUAAGUAAUUUCAGCAGAGGUUAAUAGUGCAAAGGUCUUGAAAGAAGAGUCUCAUCUGAUAAGCUGUUUUUGUAUUUUGUUCUUUGUCCUUGCUUGUGGCUGGGAAUUGGACCCAAUGUUUGAGUUUUAAAAAAAGACCUUGUGACAAGAAAGCUAGAAGUGAAGUUGGUUGGGCUGGCUUAACUUGUGUUAAUUUGGGCAUGGCUGGGACUACAUUUCCCAGAAUCACUUCCUUAGCCAGUUCCAGAUUAGACAAUUGGAAGGCAGAGGGAAGAAGCUGUUGAGUGGGGCCAUGAGACAGGGAGACAGAUGCAUAGGGGGCCUGGUGGGCUCCAGUUUCCAGCUCAUUUUCCUCAUUAUUGGACCCCACUGAUCAAUACAACAGGACAUAAGUGCUUGGCUUUAGUUACCUCAGAGGCAACGGCUCCAUUGACAUCUCUAAAUUAGUCCAUCAUGGGCAUACACAACUUCUUGGAUUAUCUGGCAAGUUCUAGCAUUGUCAUUUUGCUGAUAUUACAGUCCUUUUGGCACAUCAACUGACUCAAGAGUUGGCCUCAGUUUGGAGCAAGUACUGGUGUCAUCUAUGUAGUCCAAUCCCAUCAUGUCACUUUGCUCAUAGGGAAAUACGCAUCUAUACAAGCCCACUUUGAACUCAAAAAAGCAGGGAGAAGAGCUGUGGAGAAUGAGGAAAAUUAAGUAUAAUUGAGGUAAGCAUCAGACAGGCUGUCAUCUCAUUUCAGUGCAGGAAGAUUUAUAUUUGAUACCUUCAAAGAGGGAAGAUUUUAUUACUUUUUUAAUUCAAGAAGAUGAAAGCUAUUUGGUUUGCCCUGCUUCAGGUGCAUCUAGCUACACUUUUUCCUUCCAUUAUGUUUUCCCUUUACUUCUAAAAAUAUAGUUUACCAUUUCCCUUUAAACACCUUUUACUGUUUUAUUAAGGCAUGCAUACACUAAUAUGCAUGCAGUGUGCUAAUCGUAAAUGUGCAGCUUGAUGAAAUUUCACAUAUGCGUACCCCCUGAUAAGCAUAGAACAUUUCCACAACUCUGCAAACUUCAUUCAUCUGCCUUCUCAAUAAUUGUUCCAUAGAGGCAACCACAAUUUUGGCUUUUAUUAUAAUUUAUUAUAAUAAUUUAUUAGGUUUGAUUGUUCACUAUAUUUAUAUAAAUAUUAAAAUACAAUAUGUACAGUUAAGUGUUUGGCUUUUCUCAACAUUAAGUUUAGUUUGCCUUUUAGUGUCUUUUGACAGACUUAGACACUUAUUACUCUUGGUGUAUGCUUUGUAUGUAGGAAUGAGAUUACUGAAUCAUAGGGUAGACCUUAUAUUUAUUUUGGUAGGUAUUCUGAUUUUUCAGAAAGUUUGGUUCCACCUAUAAUCCUAAAAGCAAUAUGUGAAAGUCCUAAUUGUUCCACACACCUGGCCACCACUUUUUAAUUUGGCAGAGGAUGGGGUAAUGUUUUUGGGUUUGAUUUGCAUUUGCCUGGUAUGUAAUGGUGAAUACUUCUUUAUGUGCUUAUUGGCUGUUUGGAUAUCUUUAAUGAGGGCACCUUUUAAGCAUUUUACCCAUUUUUGGUUCCUUUUUCAUUUGAAGGGUUUCCUUCUGGUUACUUGUCUUUUAUUGUAUGUAUGUGUUUCUCUAUAUCUAAUUACAUACACAUAUGUAUGUAUAAACUGUGUGUUAUAUAUUAUAUAUACAUAAAUUAUAAUAUGUAUAUUAUAUAUACAUAUACUGCAGAUAACUUUUCUUAAUCUCUGGCUUAUCUUUUCAUUUUUGUAAGCUAUAAAGGGAAUUUGUUGGUUUGAUUUCUGAAAACUUCUUAGGUAUGACUAGUUUCAAGCAUGUUUGGAUCCUCUGGCUAAAAAGAUGUUUUCUGGAUGAGUUCUGUCUCCAUGUCUUGGUUGUGCAUGUUCUUGUAUUAGCUAUUCUUGGUGGCAUGCUAACUCUCGUUAUAGUGGGCCCCAGAAGAUCCAGGCUGCUUUCUUUCCAGGUUGAGGUCUCAGGGAGAAGAGAGUGAUUGUCUGUCUGAACAAUUCCAAUAUGAUUGUUAGAAUUGAAUUUGAUUGGCUCACUUGCCAACCAUUAUCCAAUCACUCUGGCCAGAAGAAUGUAAUCCGCUGACUUGUUUAGGACUGGCUCCCAUGCUCAUCUGGAAACCACAGUAGAGUCUGCACCAACUGAAUCAUAAGAGUUCUGACAGUUGUCAUGUAUAUGGAGAGGUGGGGAGGAGGCAGCAGUGUGCAGAGGAGAUCUAGAAGUAGAAGUAGUAGUACUGUGAACUAGCACAUUGUGCUUAUGCUGGGCUUAGCAUUGGGAGGGAACUGUGAAGUCUGGGAACUCGGCCAGGACUAAGUAGUUUUAUAGGUCCUUUCAGAAAGGUGAGAUGUCAUCUGUUAACAUGUCUGGAUCGCUAAAGAUGGCUUCUCAGUGUUUAUGUUGCUGUCUAGUGUUUUUGGAAAUCUGGUAACAAGAGCCUUCCAACUGUUUCCUUCUUCAAAAUUGUCUUGCCUUUUCCAUUCCCCAUUUGUUUCUAUAUUAAUUUUAAAAUCUCCGUAUCAGUUUUCACAGAUAAAUCUUCUGGGACUAUGCUUGGAAUUUUAUUAACUUCAUAAAGUAACCUGAAUAAAAUUUAACAUCUUUACAAUAUUGAGUCUUUCAGUUGAUGAACAUAAUGUAAUAUGUCCAUUUACCUACGUCAUCUUUAAUUUCUCUUAACAGUGUUUUGUAGUUUUAAUUGUAGAGGUCUUGAAUACCUUUGUUUAGUUUAUUUCUAGGUAUGUGGUAUAUUUUGCUUUAUAAAUAUUUACUUUUUCAAUUUUUUGGGCUAGCACAUAGAAUUGCAAUUGAUUUUAUGCAUUGAUCUUUUAUCCAGUGAUGUUUUUAAAUCCAAUUAUUUAUUCAAAUAGUUUACAGAUAAUUUUGGAUUUUCUGUGUAUACAA